AUGUCAUCCGAAAUGAAACGAAGGCAGAAGGAGAUCUUUCAGAAGGAGAGGAGAGAGCCAGAUCCCUUAGGCCACACAUCGAGCUGCGAUUUUGUAAUAGAAAUCAAAUUGAGGGGCGAGUGUAGUGUAGCGGCUAGAGGUUCCGCUUCCUGCACUAUCGAGUUUCGAAUCUGCCCCACUGCUCACCAAGCCUUUCAUCCCUCCGGAGCCGAUAAAUUGAAAAUUAAAAAGGGACUACACUUUCAAGUGAGUAGUUUGCGCCAUUAUUCUGAAAAUAUAUGCACCAACAUGGCUAGAAAUAUCCCACCAUGUGGCCGAUGCUCAUAUCGCCUGUAUCAUCUCGAUCAAGCACCAGUAACACUUCCAUUUGUCCCUUUCGCGCGCAAGUGUUGCCUAAGUGGCAUCCCUUCUCGCGAGGGCGAGGAACUCGAAGAGCGUCGUCUUCACUUCCGAAGAGAUGAAAGCAUGGUCGGAUGGUUUCUGCGACGCAGAACACUGGCCGGCUCCUGUGAUGAAUCACUCGAAUGCAGCCGUCGACCGCCUCUUCAUGUUAUUGAUUCGCUCGCUUUCUGCACGCCUGCACACGCAUCCUUCCAUGUUUUGACAGAGUAG